AUGUACCUGUUGACGCACGUACCACAGAUAAUAAUAUACGCUGUAUGCAUCUUAACAAGUGCUGUGAACGAGGUAAGAAGUAAUGACGAAUAUAACACAACCACCUUGUACCCUGUUAAUAAAACGUUAAAUAAAAAAGAGGUAAGCGAAGAAAUUAUAACCAUCAGAGAUGAAACUGUUAGCAAAGAACCCAAGGAAUUGAAUGAAAUAAACAAUGACAAAGGUACAGAGAAUCAAAUCGAAACGACUACAAAGAAAACGAAUCAAGGAAAUGCAGAUGUGAUCAAAAUCAAUAGGAGUGAAACAACGACAUGGAAAGUAGACGCUACUUUAUCUAAUCCAAUAAUAAAAGAUGAAGAAAACGAAGCAAUAGAACAUAAUGAUAAAAAUAAAACUGAUGACAGCAAAGUUUUCAAACCGAGUCAACAGCUGGGAAGUUAUUACGAUGAAGAUGCUUUUAUUAUUCCUACAGUGCGGGAUAUUGAACCUUUCACUCCUGUUAAAAGUGGUUUUAUUAGUUCACCAAAUGAUUUCUUCAAGCUGGAUUACAAGAAACCAAAAGAGUAUCUGGACAAACCAUACAAAGAGAACAGUUUUUACAAACCGAUAAAGCCUGAUUACGACUCGAAACCGACCGUUGAAGUGCCUAUGAAGGUUCCAGCAGGCAGUUUGUACAAGCAUCCAGGUCCAUUUAAAGAUAAACCAGGCUCUGACGGUGAUGGUGAUGACUUUGGACUCGUAUUUCAUAGCGAUAAGGAAAAGGAAGUGAAGAAGUACAAAAGCCCUUGGCAGGGUCUUCUCAACCUCAUCACGGCGCUGGUACCCGUUGGCAUCAUCGUGUCCGCCCUCACGCCAAACCUCAUAGAACUGCACACCGUUGAGAAUACCCCCUACGGAAACCAUUUCUCCCGGCGCUCCGUCGGCGCCAGCUUGCCGCGAAUCAGCGAGCGUUGCAAGCGCAGGCUGCUGUGCGAAAUACAUUCGGAACGAAAUUAUUUACGGCAAGCAAACCAGCGCCAAAAGCACUGCUAUAAAAUUCCUUGCGAUGAUCCCGGAGCCAUGAACGAGGUACUAUCGUGGUUGUUAGCUUACCACAGUAGUGGAAAAAGACCUUAACUUAAAUAAAUAAUGUAAUAU